AUGGGGGUGCUGAUGUCCAGACGUCAGACGGUGGAGAAGGUGCAGAAGGUUAGCCUGGCCGUGUCCGCCUUUAAGGACGGGCUGCGGGAGCAGCCAUCGACACGGCGACAGGCAGAGGCGGGCGGCACACGCCGGGGGACCCUGGAGCAGGCGGUGCAGGAGGGAGAGGAAGAGGUGUUGGCAGGACCUUCCCAGCCGGAGGAGAGCAGCGCCAGCAAGGCAGCCUGGGAACGGCUGCGGGAGGGCGGGGGUGUGGAGCCGGAGGAGUUUGACCGAGCCAACAGGUUCACACCACCCGCCUUCAUCCGGCCCAAGCGGGAGCUGCACGAUGACGAGCCCCCAGACAUCAGCCUGGAGCAGCGGGAGCAGACGGCGCCCCCCGAGACGGGCUGGAGCUGCUACUACUGUGACAACCUCAAUCUCCUGCUGACGGAGGAAGAGAUGUACAGCCUGAUGGAGACCCUGCAGCACUGCAAGAUCAUUCCAGAGACCUGCCUGACCCUGGAUGACUUCCUGCACUACAAGCACCUUGUGCACAAGCAGCAGUUCGAGCGGCCCAUGGCCGAGGCGCAGGAGGAGCAGGCAGCCCUGCAGUUCUCCGCCCUGGACCCUGACAAGAAGGGGCACAUCGAGUGGCACGACUUCCUCUCCCACGAGGCACAUCUGACCCACAACCACCACACCUGGCGGGAGCGGGCACGGGUGGGCUUCCUGGCCCUGGACCAGGACAGCGAUGGCUUCAUCGGGGAGGGCGAGUGCCGCCGGGCCCGGCACACCUGGUUCCGCAAGCAUCAAAAGGAGACUCCAUCCUGCAAUGUCAGCAUCAGCCACGUAGGGCCCAUGUCC